GAUGGCACUGGAAACACCUUUGAGUGUGCUUAGACCGUCUUUCAAAAUGAAUGCUAUUAGGCCUUUCGGCUUGAAUAGCUUUUAUGAGGCCAAGACAGCGGUGUAUGCAUGUCAGCUGACUAGCUGAAUGUCUGUCUGUCAUGUGAUCACGUUGUCUACUUUUGAGGAAACGCGAGAAUUACAAACUGACAGCAGAGAAUCUGCUGACAGCCACCUCUACGUCUGGGAGUAUAAUCCAGAAGCUAGUGCUGUACUAUGGUUCUACCUGCAUUUGACGCGGAGUGUAAGCAUGCACACCGCUAUUGCUAAUAGGAGAUGUGUUUUGGGAUAUUCUAGUCUGCAUUACAGGACGUUUCUGUUACACACAACUGAUCAUUCCACGCAAUUGUAGAUGUGGGGGCCCUCUCACCUGCUCUUCAAAGCCGGAUAACUGACCAACAGACACACACAACGUAACAUCAGCCAUGGCCUCUGACAUCACCUAUCACGAUGGUCCAGUGUUCUCCCGGAUCGACGACAGUCCCGCGGAGGAAGAGCCGCCGUCGCAACCGGCGACCCCGUCCAAUGAGUAUGAGCGCAUCGGUGGAAGAACAGGCUCCUCUUUUUUCCAGACCCUGAUCCAUUUAUUAAAAGGAAACAUUGGCACUGGGCUGCUGGGCUUGCCUCUGGCUGUGAAGAAUGCUGGCCUUGUGCUGGGCCCUCUCAGCCUUUUGGUCAUGGGGAUCGUGGCCAUACACUGCAUGAGCCUGCUGGUCAAGUGUUCUCAUCAUCUGAGUGUCAAGCUGGGCAAGCCUUUUCUUACUUACGGGGAUGCAGUGGAGUAUGGCAUGGAGAACGUCUCUUGGCUGAGGAGGCACUCCGUUUGGGGAAGGCAUCUAGUGAAUGUGUUCCUGAUCAUAACUCAGUUGGGAUUCUGCUGUGUCUACUUUGUGUUUCUCAGUGACAAUGUCAAACAGGUGGUGGAGGUAGCAAAUGGGACGACGUGGAACUGCCACACUAACGAGACUGCAGUGAUCGUGGCGAGCAUGGACUCUCGCCUCUACAUGCUCUGCUUCCUGCCCUUCAUCAUCCUGCUGGUGUUCACACGCAACCUCAAUUUCUUAGCACCCUUCUCCUCGCUGGCCAACCUGGUCAUGGCUGCCAGCCUGGUGCUCAUCUACUAUCACUCCAUCACGAAUAUUUCACUCCCCAUUGACCUGCCGUUGGUGGGACGUGCAAAGGACUACCCUCUCUUCUUUGGGACAGCUAUUUUUGCCUUUGAGGGGAUUGGAGUGGUUCUACCACUCGAAAAUAAGAUGCAGAAGCCACAGAACUUCACCAUGGUUCUGUACAUGGGCAUGGCCAUAGUCACGUUCCUUUACAUCAGUCUCGGCACCGUGGGCUACUUGUGCUUCGGGGAGAACAUCGGUGGGAGUAUUACCCUCAAUCUGCCCAACUGCUGGAUGUACCAGAUAGUGAAGCUGCUCUACUGCUUUGGGAUCUACAUCACGUACGCCCUCCAGUUCUACGUCCCGGCCGAGAUCCUGAUCCCUCAUGCGGUGUCGCGUGUGUCCGGUCGCCUGGAGCUGCUGGUGGACCUCAGCAUCCGUGUGGCACUCGUCACCUUCACAUGUGCUCUGGCCGUCCUGAUCCCGGAGCUGGACCUGGUGAUCUCCCUGGUGGGCUCCAUCAGCAGCAGUGCCUUGGCCCUUAUCAUCCCUCCCCUGCUGCAGCUGCUCACCUUCCACAACGAGGGCAUCUCCUGCUGGGUGGUGCUGAAGAACGUCCUCAUCAGCCUGGUGGGGCUGGUGGGCUUCGUCGCCGGCACCUACAUCUCCAUCGAGCAGAUCAUCAAACGCAACCAUCAGCGGCACAACGACAUCUCCUUCCAGGUCAUGUGAUGGGUGCACGGAGAGGAGGUAGAGGACAUGGAGGAGGACGACACAAAGGUUUCUGACGUGACCUCUUUUAUUUUCAAAUGCUGUACCACCAUUGAUUUUGAUUUUAAUUCCACUCACAGAUCUGCUGUUAUAUUAUUUCUUUUUUUUAUGGAUUGCUACUGGUGUCUUGUUUUUAUAGCGGUUAACGUGUUGGUACUGUUUUAUUGUGUUUUAUUCUGAAUGGGGCUCUGUGCUCACAAUCCCACAGGUGAUUAUUGCAAAGCUCUUUAUUUUGAAGGCCUUGAUCCACCCCUCCCCCCACCUCUGCUUCAGCACAUUUUAACGUUUGUAAUAUUAAAAGAUAUUUCAAGCUUUUGACACUUCAUUAGCUUUAUCUUAUUAUUAGUAUUAUUAGUAUUAUUAUUGUUAUUGUGUUAUUACACAUUGUAAAUUCCCACAUUGUAAAUUAUGUCACAUAUUUGACAUUAUUGUAAAAAAAUGUGGAAAAUAUUAUGGCUGUUGUAUGGGCAGCUGAGAAGGGUUUAAAUGAACUCCUAAUGUUAAGUUAAUUGGUCCUUGACCUUUUGGUGUACCUCAUGCUGAAGUUGAUAUACACAUUUUGCACAUAUUCGCAGAAGACAGUCAUUGCUUCAUUUCAAUGCUUUUUUUGUUGUGUUUUGGGUAUGUGUUUUGGGUACUAACCACAACAGAAUGUGUAUAGUUCACUGAUCACAUUCUUGAUUUGCAAGAGGGAUAGGAACACCAGCAGCUGUUCCUGCAGUUGAACAGGAGUUAAAGUUUCGUAAGUUACUGACUGACCGAAGUCCCUGGGCACCGAACAAACUCCCCAAGGCCCUAUUUUAAAGUUCAUUCCCCUUGAAAUAAGAAGCUGAUAAUUGGGAGCAGUACUAUUUUAAUGGACCACCCUCCUUAGCUGUGGGGCUUAGGUUGUCUGAGACCGACCAGAGCUUCCCUCUCAAACGGUGUGCUCAGAAAAGAUUUGGAAGUAUUUGUCUCCUCAAUGUGGUUUUCAAAGAUACGGAAAGAUCAAAGGGGCGAGGAAACGGAGUGGGCCUGUGUGACAGAAAAACAUUAAACAAAACCGAAGCGUGUAGAAUUCAACAAGAUGAGCGCAUUUUCAGGUCUCCGACUAAAGUGAAAAUUAAAUUCUUCUUGAAGUGCACCAUUAAAGCCAGUGUCUGGCCCUGCACUGGCUUGUUUGAGCUGAUCUUUUGGUAGAACUUGCAAAUCAAGGUGUGUAGGUAGGACUGAAACUUCUAUGUGUUGUUUGUUUUUUUAACUCUUUUUAACUUCUUUUUUUUCUAGUACCAAAGUGCAUUUUAAUUAUUCAUCAAUGGUCUUUUGAGUUCUUUUUUUAUUCAUAUUUGUGAUGAAAUGCAUUGAAAUGUUGUGAUUUUUAGUGUUAUAACCUCAAAGGGGUAGGCUCAGGACCGAUGUCUUCCAGAUGAGAAUAUGAGUUUAAUCAGAAAAAUUUGCUACAUUACACUUUGGCCAUUUAAAAAAAAAAGUGCAAAUAAGACACUUUUGGUGAACCUUGUCACAGGGAGUCUGUAUAUUAAAAUAGAAUAGUUGUCAGUGCCGUUACUGACAAUAGGAUUGUAUGAUAAUGUAUGGUCCCAUAUAAUGGUAAAGACAUAACAUAAGCUGGCAGCCAUUGUUAUCUCUAUGAGGUUAUCUUAAAAUUGAAAUAAAACGUAUAAAACAUAACUUUGGAUGUCUUGAAAGUGCCCCCAAAUUCUAGGCUACAAGUUAUUAUCUAGAACAAUGCCUAGACAAUAAUGGAAAUAACAGCCUUUGAUAUUUAUAUUCACAUUUGCAUUUAUUAAUUUAGCUUUUAUCUUUUAUCCAAAACGACUUACAGAAUUUAAAAUGGUACAGACAAAAAAGGAAUAUUUUAGCCAUUGCCUAGGCCUACCCUUGAUUGCAGUCCAUUUGAACGCAUUCAUUUCUUAGCUUUUUAGGUCAACUUGUUUUUUUUUUUUUGUGCUUUCACAUUCAUUGGCAAGUCUUUACCAUUAUUUGCAACUUUAUUCCAUUUUUCUUUUAAAGUUCAAAAAACAUAAUUUGGUCAGUAAAAUCCAGUACUGCUGUAAUAAAAUCAUUUUUGUAUUUGUUGAAUUUCUAAAUGUUCUUUGGAAUUAUAUUUAAGUUUUUUUUUCUCCAUUUUUCCUCACCAGAUUCCACAUAAUAGUAUAUACAUACAUAAACAUCAAUGAAGCUUUUACCUGAAUUAAAUGUUUAGAGCUUUGAGAGCACUUUGGAGACCAUCAGACUUCCUUAUUCACCAAGUACUGAUUCCAUGUUAGCAGCAGCCACCACUCUUGUGUACCAUAGCAACUCUGGAUGGCACACUAAUGAUCAAAUGCCAAGUUCUGCUUUUUAUUUGGAAGAGGGAAAAGAUUACCUCCUUCUUUGCACUUUAGGAGUGAUCUUUUUUAAUUGACUGUAAUAGUUUUUUUUAAAAAUGUUUUAAAGGUUUUUUUUUUUUUUUAAGUUUGUAAAGCCUUAAUGAGACUGUAUAUAAUGCUUGCCAAAAUAACAUGACAGAUUGACACAGUAGCCACAUUUGCAGUCCAACACGACACCAUGCAUCACAAGGGAAUUCCAAACAUAGCUGGUUAUGACCCACACACAGUCCGGAGGAAUGUCUCACAAGCAGACUUUCUUCAUCUGUGCAGCCCCCUAGUUCCUCAAGCCUGUUCUUUCCCCCUCUGGCCAUUCAUUGGUUUAACUCAAGUGAUCUUUUAUUAGAUCAUCCUAACGAGCCUUACGAAGAUUGUGUCAGAUGGGAGAAUAAACAGGAUUGGAAUAUAUUGGUCCUGGGGCGCGUUUCCCAAAACCAUAGUUGGUAACUAAGUUAACAACUUUGUUAGUUGCAAUGCAAUUUCCCAUUGCCAACCAACUAAGUUGCUAACAGUUUAGCAACUAUGCUUUUGGGAAACGCAUCCCUGAACGGGACAAUCUGCAGAAGUAGCAUUGAUGACCUGUGCUCAGUUAUUAGUUCACAUGUUUGUUCUUGCCCAUGUGAUGUACACUUUUUCUUUUUCAGUGAAGCUUUGUUAAAGUGUGCUAAUAAGGUGCUAUGAUACAGUGCAAAUAUGAAAUGUUUUUUGUUGACUACAUUUUGGCUGAUGUGUUUAUUUGUUGAUGCUGUCAAAUAAAGAAAUACUGAGCAGAUAA